AUGGGCAAACAUAGAGAAGUGGAAAUAAAUUAUGGUGUAGGAGUUAAAUUUUUGAAGAGGCUUGUUUUGGUCGGGUCAAUAUUGUUUAAAGAGUCUCGUUUUCCGCUGCUGAUGGUCAUCGGAACGAUUGUAACUUCUAUUGGAAAUGAAUUCGUUGCGUACUACGUAGGAUUAAUUCCCGGUAAAAUGUAUGGUGCUUUGCUUGGUUCUCAGAAGGAUAGAUUUUGGUACAUAUUUUAUACUGGUGUUGUACUGUGUAUCGCAAAAUGUACGUUGACUGCUCUUUCGUCAUUUUUCUCUUGGCUGUUGUACCUGAGUUGGAGAGGAAGUGCUGGAAGGGAGUUACAUAGACUAUAUUUUUUGGAUCGCACGUACUAUCAGAUAAACUGUGUUGAUGAUGAGGGGAUUGAUAAUCCAGACCAACGCAUAACACAGGACGUGGAAAGGAUGUGCAAUCAGCUUGCAAUAACGAUUUUGCCAAAUUUACUUAUUGGUCCUUUCGUUGUAGUCUGGUAUACGUGGAAGACAUGGGCCAGUGCUGGUUUCUUUGGAGUUGGGAUAAUUUAUGCUUACUUUGUUGUUGGGACUGUUUUUAACAAAUUUUUGAUUGCUCCGAUGGCAAAUUGGAGUGCUAAAGUUGAGAAAGCUGAAGGCGUCUUUAGGUAUAAGCACUCUUCUAUUCGAGCGAAUGCCGAAUCUUCGGCACUUUUUGACGCUGAAAGUUUUGAACUCUUUGAAUGUAACAGACUUCUUCAUUUCCUGGUUGGUCGUCAGUUAAGCUAUCUUGUUCAAAUUAUACCAAUAUUUGUGCUUCAUUCCUACGAAGGGAAGCGUCCUGAAGAAUUGGGGACUAUUAUUAGCAAUAACGCAUUUUUCUAUAUAAUGUUGGUUAACAGUUUUACGAGACUUACCGAUGUUGCAGUGACACUAGGUGAAAUGGCAGGAAUUUUGCAACGUGUUGCUGAGUUCAUGUUGUUAAUAAGGAACCGAUUGAAAGAGUCUUAUGUGAAUGAUGAUGAAAAAGCCCUAGGUGAAGAAAGUGAUAUAGAUACGGUGUCUUUGGGAGCUGAGCGGACUCCGAUGGAAUCUGAAGUUUUGUACGAGUUUAAAAAUGUUGGUUACUCAUUACCAAGUGACCCAGAUCACAAACUGAUUGAAGGCCUUACGCUGUCAAUAAAAAGGGGUGAGAACAUAAUACUAACCGGCGACAGUGGAGUUGGGAAAUCGUCAAUGUUUAGAGUGAUAGCAAAUCUUUGGCACGUUAAUAGUGGUAUUGUUAUCUUACAUUUCUGUUUAAAAUUAUAUUAUGGCCUAAUUCAGCAGUGCACUGAGAGGUGUUCUGUGGUUCAUUUGCCUCAGCGGCCUUAUUUCCCCAUAGGUGGCCUUAGUCUUUAUCAGCAGAUCCGCUUCCCUGUCGUUGUUCAAGAGGAUAAAAUCAAUGUUGCUGAUGUUGCCAAGGUGAAGUCAAUUUUACACCUUCUUGACUUACAAUCGCUGAUCGACCGAUGUUGUGACAUUACACGGGCUGUAGAUUUCGAAUGGCAAGAUUCGCUAACGCCGGGUGAGCAACAGCGAUUGUCUUUCGCUAGGGUUAUCUACCGUAAACCAAUUUUAGCUAUGCUUGACGAAGCUACUAGUAGCGUUGGAGUCAAUAUGGAACGCAGGAUGUACCAAAUACUUAAAGAUGUUUGUUUCAUUUACUCGAAUUUACUCAUAAUUCUCUUAUACUAA